AUGCCGGGCGCUACCGAACGCGGCUCGGAGCUCUCCGAGCAGAUCGAGGCCUUUGUGGCGCGGCUGCGGGGCGGCGGGGAGCGGCCUCGCUCCGAGGACACGGCGCGGCAGACGCUGUCGCUGCUGCGGAAGAUCGUCGGGCACGGGCGAUGGAGCCGGGCCGGGGAGCUCAUGGAUCUGAUCCGGACAGAGGGCCAGAGGAUGACAGCAGCCCAGCCAUCAGAGACAACAGUGGGCAACAUGGUGCGACGAGUAUUGAAAGUCGUUCGUGAGGAAUAUGGCAGGCUUCACGGGCGCAGUGAGGAAAGUGACCAGCAAGAAUCCCUGCACAAACUCCUGACUUCUGGAGGACUGAGCGAAGAUUUCAGAACCCCUUACCCCUCCCUCAGAGCUAAUGUUAUUGAAGCUAUUAAUGAGAUGCUAAUUGAGCUAGAGGGCACCACUGAUAACAUUGCUAUGCAGGCACUGGAGCACAUCCACUCCAACGAGGUGAUCAUGACCAUUGGCUACUCACGCACUGUUGAGGCAUUCCUGAAGGAAGCCGCUCGCAAGCGGAAGUUCCAGGUCAUCGUGGCAGAGUGUGCACCGUUCUGCCAGGGUCAUGAAAUGGCUGUCCGACUGACUAAAGAGAAUAUUGAAACUACUGUCAUGAGUGAUGCAGCUAUUUUUGCUGUCAUGUCUCGAGUCAACAAGGUCAUCAUUGGUACAAAGACAAUCCUGGCCAAUGGCGCCCUGAUUGCUGUGAGUGGGACUCACACUCUGGCACUGGCAGCUAAACACCACUCCACUCCACUCAUCGUGUGUGCCCCUAUGUUCAAGCUUUCACCGCAGUUCCCUAAUGAAGAAGAUUCAUUCCACAAGUUUGUGUCACCACAGGAAGUGCUGCCAUUCACAGAAGGGGAGAUCCUGGCAAAAAUCAAUGUUCAUUGCCCAGUGUUUGACUACGUCCCUCCAGAGCUCAUUACUCUCUUCAUUUCUAACAUUGGGGGCAAUGCACCUUCCUACAUCUACCGCCUCAUGAGUGAGCUCUACCAUCCAGAUGACUAUGAACUCUAAUGCAGUGAAGCACCUCACUAUCUGGACUCUUUCUGUCUUUCUCUUCAGAAAGAUACAACAGCUAAUUAAAGUCUGUGUUGCUGUGGGGAGCCAGUGGGGAAUUUACUCAGCAAUGUCUUUCCUACCCAAAAGCAAGAGAAGGCAGAGUUCUUGUUGAGGUCUUUAUUUCUGUGCUGUGUCAGAAACAAUAUGGAGCUGCUAACCCACUUUGAUUUUGAAAUAGCAAGGCCUAUGUGUAACUGGGGCAGCUAAGCUGUUACUUCAAAGUACACUGCAAUAAAGGCUGUUUACAGUGACCUCACUGUUAAGCACAUUUUCCAUAGGCAGUUUUGUUUCUUUAACUAGCACAAGUUUUACCAGUGUAGUGAGUUGCCUGCACUCCCUACAUGACGCAGUAGCAGACUUUCACGUGUGAAAGCACGCUGUAAUGUAACAGGAGUAGGAAUCCAUCAACAGCUGUCUUCAAAAUGGAUAUUUAACUGUUUAGUUAUUUCUGUGGGACUAUGUGUGUAUUUAGAAAUUAAUUUAGAAUUCAUUGCCAAGUUAAGUGUUCCUUGAUUCUAAGUUGGCCUAUAUAUAUUAUGAAGCUGGUCACUCCUCAUUCCAACCACUGCCAUGAGCCCAAGGAGUAAGUUUAGUGUGAACUUUAUUAAGAAAUGCCUUCCAAUUUUCUAAGUACUGUAAAAUACACUAAUUAAGUUUCCCCUAUUAUGCUAUUACAUAUACAGAAUUAUGCUGUGCUUGCAGAAAAGAAGUGCUUUGCUUUAGUAACUGCAAGUGACAGCGACUCCUUGCACCCAACAGUCCUGCACUAUUCCUUUAAUGUUGAAGAAACUUCUCCAGGUUCCAAGGGCGGACUCCUACUGCCAUGUUCUCCUGGCUGGUCUCUGCUUCUUUGGUCAGUAGACAGAGGAGAGCUUUGGUGACUGCACUGGCUCAGAACUUGGCUCCACACAAGGUAGUGUAGUAUAACAACAUGGGUCAUACCAAUGGAUCAUAUCAAUGCUUCUAGUGGUUGCAGUUUACAGUCUUAACUUUUUUUAAAUAGGUUCUCUUUUUUUUCCAAAUAGCUGCCAUGCUCGUGCCAUCUUCCUCAGUCUAGUCAAAUUAGGUUUAGGCUGGAGGGAGAAAAAGAAGUGCAAGUCAUAACUGAGUAAAUAAGUUUCAGUGUUUCCAUACUCUUUGACCUAAUACAGUCAUUCCCAAAUUAAUAUCUAAUUCAAAGUUUCACCUGACUUACAAUAGAAUCCAACUUAAUAGUAAUAAUGCACAGUAGUAGCAAAGGGAGGAGCAAUGAUUUUUUUUUAAUUUAAAUUUAACCUGAUUUAAAUAUAAUUUAAAUGUAACCUUAUCUAGUGGAAGGCAUUCCUACUCAUGGCAAGUAGGUGAUCUUUAAGGUCCCUUCCAACUCAAACCAUCCUAGGAUUUUAUAAUAAAUGUUGCUGUUCCUGUGCUUUAUCCUCAUUUUAUAGCAUCUUAAACUUUGGGAAAGUAAGCAUUUAUUUAAUUAGCAUUUCUGCCACUAGCAGAAUUUCAGAAUUUCCAUGUUUUCCAAAUCUUACACUUAAAAACUGCAAACACUUUUAAUGUAUGCUUAACCUUAAGAACAGUAUUCAAGUCAGUAUGAUUAUUCAAAUAAUAUAUGGUAAGAUCCUUGCUAACAUGUUUCCAGGACAGAUGGCUUAUGUCCCAAAGUUUCAUUUUAUUGAUAACAAUAUGUAAAAAUCAAGUAAUAGAAAGGCAGAGUCAAGUAGGGUAAGGGUAGUGGUGAUAGUUUCAAACUGGACAAUCCUAGUUCUA